CUGCCAAAAACUGACAAAACAUCUGUUUGGUUUUGAUCAAUAUUUCUAUUGUGAUCACGCUCACGUGACAUCAUCAAGUUAUUAUCUGCAUGCAUCAGUUUAAACUUCUAUGCUUUUCCAACGCUAUCUCACGACCAAUUUGUAAAAACUGGUCUAGGUUUAGGGGCGAUGUCAGAGGAUGCUUAAUCCACGGGCAGCGCAGAGCCAGUUUACCCAUGAAGUGAGAGAGCCAGGGCUGUGGGUCUGGAGGGUAGAGAAGAUGAAGGCUGUUCUCCUUGACCCAUCGCAGAGAGGAAUCUUCUACAACGGAGACGCGUACAUUGUGCUCAGCAACCGUGGAAAGGAUGGAAGCGACCUGCACAUGUGGAUGGGUGAGAAGUCAUCCCGGGAUGAACAGGGUGCUUGUGCCAUGCUUGCCACUCAACUGGACUGCUUCUUUGGAGGAGAGCCAGUACAACAUCGACAGGUGCAAGGCUAUGAGUCACCUGAGUUCAUGGGACUCUUCCCGAAAGGAAUCAGCUACAAGGAGGGUGGGGUGGAGUCUGGGUUCAAGAGUGCCAGGUCUAGGAUUGGCCCUGUUAAACAUCUGUACCAAGUCAAAGGAAAGAAAAACAUCCGUGCAAGAGAGGUGGAGCUUAGCUGGGGGAGCUUCAACAAGGGAGACUGUUUCAUAUUGGACUUGGGAGAGACUAUAGUCGCAUGGAGUGGUUCCAAAGCCAACAUGUUUGAGCGACAGAAGGUGCGUGAGAUAGCAAUGCUGAUCAGAGACACGGAGAGGAAUGGCAAAGCUCACAUCGUUGAUGUGACAGAGGGAGAGGAAACGCUGGAGAUGGUUCAGGCUCUUGGUCCAAUCCCAGCUCUGAAGGACAGCUCAACAGAGGAAGAUGCUGAAGCAGACCUCUCUAAUUCUGCUUGCCUUUACAAGGUGUCUAGCGCAACAGGCCAAAUGACCUUGACAAAACUGUGUGACAAAGGACCUUUCACCCAAGAGCUGCUGGAGAAAGAUGACUGCUUCAUAUUGGACAAUGGCUCUAAUGGGAAGAUCUACAUUUGGAAAGGGAAUGGAGCCCGUUUAGAUGAGAAGAGAGUUGCCAUGAAGGUGGCAGAUGAGUUUAUUACAGAAAUGAACUAUCCCAGGAUGAGAACGCAGGUGGAAAUUCUCCCUCAGGGUCGUGAAUCUGUCCUCUUCAAACAGUUCUUCAAGAGCUGGAGUUAAACACACCAACAUAUCGGAUGUAUGUAGAAACGGAUCCUCAUUUUGUAUUAUCACACGUCAGUGGUGUAGCCUGCCUGUUAAAACCCUUUGCUAUUAGCCAAACGAUUGCUUGUUUGAUCCCAGGUUUUGUGAAGGCUUGGACAGUUGUAAUAAUUAUUCAGGAACUGCCUAUUUAAGUAAAAUUAAAAUCAUAAAUAAAACAAACGGUGAACUGUUGAUUAGUUUUUUAUCACAUGCAGAUCAUUUGCUUUAAUAUAAAAUGUAUACAACCCAAAUGUUUGUCAUUUUAAGGAGUCCAAAUAAGUAAUAACAUGAUGUCUGUUAUUUUUGUUAUGUUGAGCGUCAAAUUGGCCCAAUAUUAAAUACAUGCACAAACAGACACCACAAACAGUACCAAUGCUUAUGUAACCAUGUGACACUACAUGGCCUUUCGGUGUGAUCAUCCUUUAUCUUGAGCAAUAACACUUUCACAAUCAAAAGCUAAAUGACAUUCUUCUUAAUGAAUUGAUAAACAGAUUUAAAAACAGGUCUAAAGCGCAUUACUCUUAACGAAUCAAUGAACACAUUAAACUAUCUUUACUAUUUUUUGACUGUUAUGCAUGCUCUUAAUGUCUUACAAAGCAUUUAAUCUUACAGGCGAAUGCUUCAAAUGAUUUUAAUAUAUCUAUUUUAGGACUGGCUGAUCAGAGUAACAAACAUUUUCCUUUGUAAAUCUGCAGUAAGAUAAUAAAAGACAUAUUGAGUCAUUUGAGAACUUCCACUUGUGGUUUCAUGUGAACAACGUGUAGUUAUCUUGAAAUGACGACCAUCGGGGUGUGGUGAGAAAAAUGAGCAAGACAUACAGUAUUUCAUUAUGUCUGUUUCUGUGCCAGUUGUUGUUUAAUAUGAAACUGCAUAUUAAGCAUAUGAGUAUAAUAUGAGUUUUCUCCAUUAUUUCAAAUGAAACUGCAACUUAAACAACUGAAAUUGCUAAAAUCACAGAAAGUUUAAAUCUUCUGACAGUAAUGCUGAGUUUAUUCAUUUCAGUUUUAGUUUAAAAGUAUUAAAACUUGCUGUCUUUACUUCUCAGUCAGUUUGUUCAAUUUUAAAGGUACAAUAUGUAAGAACU